GUGUGCUGCAGCGAGGUGGACUUGGAUACCCCGGAAAGGUCCACGACCAGAACAAAUCACGUGACUUGUUGUACUGCUAACGCCAUGGCCACCUUGCUGUCAGCACAAUGCGCUGUCUGCCUGAGGAAACCUGGGAGUCAGCUUCAUUUAAGAAGAGCCGCGGCGAGGAUCUCAGCUCGGUGCUACAGCAGCAGGACGGCUUCUUCUGCGGACUAUCUGCACCAAAGCGUCGUUCCAUCCAUGCAUUACCAGAAGAGUUUGCCCAGACUCCCCGUACCCAAGCUGGAGGACACCAUCAGGAGGUAUUUAGCUGCCCAGAAACCUUUGCUGGAUGAUGGCCAGUUCACAACAACGGAGAAAAUUGCUCAGGAUUUCCAGAACGGAGUGGGAAAACAGCUCCACGAGGAACUGGUGGCUCAGGACAAGGCCAAUAAGCACACAAGCUACAUCUCAGGUCCCUGGUUCGACAUGUAUCUGUCUGCGCGUGACUCUGUGGUGCUGAACUUCAACCCCUUCAUGUCCUUCAAUCCUGAUCCCAAGGCGGGGUACAACGAGCAGCUGGUGCGGUCAACUAACAUGGUGUGCUCGGCCGUGCGCUUUAUGAAGACACUGCGAGUGGGUCUACUGGAGCCGGAGGUUUUCCACCUCAACCCGGCCAAGAGUGACACGGACAGCUUCAAAAACUUCAUCCGCUGGGUUCCGUCUUCCCUGUCCUGGUACGGAGCCUACAUGGUGAACGCCUACCCUCUAGACAUGUCUCAGUACUACCGCCUCUUCAACUCAACGCGCAUCCCGAAACGCGGUCGGGAUGAGCUCCUCACCGAUGACAAGGGCAGACAUCUGCUAGUCAUGCGAAAAGGCAACAUGUAUGUAUUCGACGUUGUGGACAGAGACGGGAAUUUGGUGAAGCCGGCAGAGAUCCAUUCCCACUUGAAGUACAUUUUGUCUGACUCGACACCGGCGCCCUCCUUGCCUCUGGGCAUCCUGACCAGUGAGAACAGGGAUGUUUGGGCGGGGUUAAGGGAGAAGCUGGUAGCUACUGGAAACGCAGAGGCGUUGGGGUUAGUCGACAGCGCCCUCUUCUGUCUCUGCCUGGAUGAAGAGAGCAUGCGGGACCACAUUCACAUAUCCCACAACAUGCUGCACGGCGACGGCUGCAACCGCUGGUAUGACAAGUCCUUCAGCAUCAUCAUAGCCAAGGACGGUCAGGCGGCUAUUAACUUUGAGCACUCUUGGGGCGACGGAGUAGCCGUUCUCCGCUUUCAGAACGAGGUGUUCAAAGACACGACAGAGAAGCCGCUGGUGCACCCAGACUCUGCCCCGGCAGCCGUGGACUCGGCCUCCGCUGUCCGCAGAUUGCAGUUCCACUUGGACAGAGAGCUGGAGAGCGGUAUCAAGAAAGCCAAAGAGAACUUUGACUCGGCCGUAUCGAAGCUUACCAUUGCCGCCAUCGAGUUCAAGAAAGGCGGGAAGGAGCAGCUGAAGAAGAGCAAGCUGAGUCCAGACGCCGUAGCCCAGCUGUCUUUUCAGAUGGCCUUCCUGAGGCAGUACGGCCAGACGGCGGCCACAUACGAGUCCUGCAGCACUGCAGCAUUUAAACACGGCCGCACAGAGACCAUCCGACCGGCCACCGUCCACACCAAACACUGCUCACACGCCUUUGUUCGUGAACCCGGCAAGCACAGCGUGGAGGAGCUGCGGGCGAUGCUCAAUGAAUGCUCCAAAUACCACGGCCAGCUCACCAAGGAGGCAGCUAUGGGUCAAGGGUUUGACCGCCACCUGUUUGCUCUGCGUUACCUUGCCAACUCUAAGGGUCAAUCUCUGCCCAGCCUGUACACUGACCCAGCCUACGGCGCCAUAAACCACAACAUCCUGUCCACCAGCACGCUCACCAGCCCCGCCGUCAGCCUCGGGGGUUUCGCUCCGGUGGUGCCCGACGGGUUUGGCGUCGGUUACGGUGUCCAUGACAACUGGAUCGGCUGCAACGUGUCCGCCUAUCCUGCUCGCAACGUCCACGAGUUUCUGCAGUGCGUCCACAAGUCUUUGGAGGACAUCUUCAGUGUUGUGGAAGGGAAACCUUUGAGUUAAAAGAUGACGGUGUGCCUGAUCACCACAAAUAAUCUUUUUGUCUUUCAGCGUAGCUAAUUCCAUCCGUUAACAUUCAAGGAAAAAUUUACUUGUAUUACCAGGAUUUUUAGGAGGCAAAUGAAGAAAUGAAAUUUAAACCGCUGACAUGUUGGGAAGAAACUACAGAGCAACAGGCAGCUGCAGAGUCGUCCUCUGGAAGAAGCUGUGCCUUACUGAAAUGUGAACAGAAAUCAGAACUAAUAUUUACUGUAAUUCACAUGAUUUAACUGUCUUUGUUUCAUAAUACAGCUUUAUUGUGAUUGUCCUUUGGAAUAAAAUUUAAAUAUCUUGGA